AAUGUUUGUUUCGGCUGGAAGACCACAAUGGAGUGCGGCUGCAGUGCAGCGGGCCUUUAUGCUCAGUCAUCUUCCUCAGCUCUUCUGAAUCCUCAGGGGAAAUUUUCAUUAUACAGUUGUAGAGCUGCUGAUAUUUUACAAACCAAAGUGCCGUCUUUUCAUUCAAAGCAUUUUAGUCAAAAUACCCACGAACUAGGCAGGGAGUAUAAGGGUAGGCCGUUAUCUUUUGUAUCUUCAAGAUCUUCCAAGUUCACUGUUUUUGCAGAGUCUGGUCGACAAUCUUGGGAUGUUAGCAGAUUUUUGAAAACAUUAUACUUCUUCAAUGGACCUCCAAAUCCUUUUAAGUUUGUUGCAUCUUUGAUUGAAAAACUAUCAACUGCAACAUCUCCGGAAUCAUCAAAGGAAAUGAAAACUUCAGGAUUGAUCUUGGUAACUGGAGCAACUGGUGGUGUUGGGCGAAGAGUAGUCAACAUUUUACAGAAGAAAGGCAUUCCCUUCCGUGUUCUGGUCAGAAAUGAGGAAAAAGGAAGAAGCAUGCUAGGGCAAGAUUUGGACCUGGUUGUUGGAGAUGUUACCAAAGCGAAUACACUGUCUCCUGAGUACUUCAAAGGAGUUCAAAAAGUAAUCAACACUGUGUCCGUUAUCGUGGGUCCUAAGGAGGGUGAUACUCCUGAUAGGGCUAAGUACAGCCAAGGAAUCAAAUUUUUUGAACCUGAGAUAAAAGGCGAUUCACCUGAAAUGGUAGAGUUUACUGGAAUGCAAAACUUGAUCAAGGCUGUAAAGGAUAAUGUUGGCCUUCGGGAAGGGAAAUUGCUAUUUGGAUUAAAAGGUAAUUUAUCUGGGAAGCUACUUUGGGGUGCCCUUGAUGAUGUUGUCAUGGGAGGUGUUAGUCAAAGCACAUUUUUUGUUGAUCCUACUGGUAGUGAAGAUGGUGGACCUACCGGCAUCUUUAAAGGUGUUGUCUCGACCAAAAAUAGCGGUGGUUUCACUAGUAUCAGGACAAAGAAUUUUCAAGUUCCUGAGGACCUUUCUGCAUAUGAUGGCCUUGAAUUGAGGGUUAAAGGUGACGGCCAUCGUUACAAGCUUAUAGUUCGCACUAGUGCUGACUGGGAUACUGUGGGAUAUACUGCAAGCUUUGUCACUCUAGAUGGCCAAUGGCAGACGAUUCAAAUACCAUUUUCUUCAUUGAAGCCGGUGUUCCGUGCUCGUACGGUGGUUGAUGCUGUGCCAUUUGAUCCAAAAUCUAUUUUUUCGCUUCAACUAAUGUACAGUAAGUUUGAAUAUGAUGGAAAACUCAACCCAAAUUUCAUAGAAGGCGCAUUUCAACUUCCAUUCUCAAGAAUAAGGGCAUACAUCAAUGAGCCAAUUACUCCAAGGUUUGUACAUGUGAGCUCUGCUGGGGUUACUCGACCUGACCGACCCGGCCUUGAUUUAAGCAAGCAACCCCCUGCUGUACGCUUGAAUAAGGAGUUGAACUUUAUACUAACGUAUAAAUUGAAGGGAGAGGAUUUGAUACGGGAAAGUGGUAUUCCUUAUUCAAUAAUAAGACCCUGCGCCUUAACUGAAGAGCCUGCUGGUGCAGAUCUUAUAUUUGAUCAGGGAGAUAAUAUAACGGGAAAAAUUUCAAGAGAGGAGGUUGCGAGAAUAUGCAUUGCAGCUCUAGAAAGCCCUUAUGCAUGCGACAAGACCUUUGAGGUGAAGAGCACCAUUCCAUUUAGUGAAACAUUCACAGUGGAUCCAGCCAACCCACCCCCAGAAAAGGACUAUGAUGAAUAUUUCAGGACUCUAAAACCAGGAAUAACUGGAAAGGAGUCCCUGCAGCCCAGCCCUUUGCCGGUUUGAACUUUUGGUUAUUCAGGUUUGUUGUUUAUUAUGACUUGAAAUGUUGUUUCUAUCAGGUUUGAACAAUUAGUAGCAUAAAAAUAAUAAUAAUAAA